GGCAGAGCAGAGCGUUAUACUCAGGCCAGACUCGGCAUGAAGUCCAGGAAGAGGUCGGACUCGGCCCGGCGCAGGGCGCUGAGCACCAUGGAGACGGCCCUGAGGAAGAGGCCGUGGAAGACUCCCGGACUGUGGAACACGCGGGUCCACCACAGCAACCUGCAUGUGGCAAGCUUUGCUCUGCUCACUGUUGGCUUGAUCAUGUGCACCGCAGCCAUGGGCUUCGCCGAGUGGCGGAUAUGGCACAUGAGCAGUCCCCAAGGCCUGGCCCUCGUGGGCAUAUGGAAAGUCUGCAUCUACCAAGUGCCGCGCACCCGCAUCGCACCUUUCUGCCACAGCUAUCCGUUCUUCGACAGUUACCUCCCUCCUUCACUUCAGAGAGUCCAGUACCUCCUGCUCCUCGGCGUUAUUCUGGGGUACCUGGGAAAGGUCGCCCUCAUCAUGGCUCUCCGGAAUGUGUUCAUGGCGAAGACGUCCAAGACGAAGGAUUAUUUUCUGAUGUCCGGGUUUCUGUGCACCGUUGCGAGCAUCUGUGUUGUCCUGACUGUCAUCUACACGUACCAAGCCGUAAGCAACGAGCAGGGCAUUGACUUCCCACCGUCGUUUUCAAUGCCCUCCAGGCCCGACUCACAGGAAUUUGGCACUGCGCCUUUGCAGGAGCUGAUCGACAGCCUGGGCCGCAAGCUGCAGGUGCUGCGGGAGGCGCGGGAGAGCCUCCUGGAGGACAUGCAGGCCAACACCGCGCUGGGUGAGGCCGUGGAGGCGCUGGCCAAGGACGUGUGCAAGCCCAACGAGUUCGACAAGUUCUGCAUGUUCGUCGGCGACCUGGACAAGGUGGUCAACCUCCUGCUCUCGCACUCCCUGCGGGAGAAGCAGCGGGUCCUCACGCAGCAGCACCGGGACGCCAAGGAGCUGAAGGAGAACCUGGACCGCCGGGAGCGCACCGUCUUCCACAUCCUGGCCGGCUACCUGGGCGCCGACGGCCUGGCCGACUGCGAGCACUUUGUGAAGAUGCGGUCGGCGCUGCUCAUCGAACAGCGGGAGCUGGACGACAAGAUCCACCUGGGCGAGGAGCAGCACAAGUGCCUGCUGGACAGCCUGCCGCCCGAGCGAGGCAAGUGA